CGCUCGCUCUCUCUCUCUCUCUCGCUCUCUCUCUGCUUUUCACGCAAAAGGCAAAACAAAACAUACGUCCCUCUCUCUCUCUCUCUCUCAUGGUUGCAGAGGCUACUACUUCAACUUUUGUCAUCUUCAAUCUCUAAAACUGGUGCCCAUUUUGUUUUGAAAGCUCGCGGAGGACACGCCUAUGUAGUGUGUGCGCCUCUCCUCUGUGUGCGCGCGAGAGGGUGGAGAAGAGGUUGGGGGUGGGGGAGGAGAUCGAAUGAAGAACUGUUAGUUGAUGUUGUAUUUUCACUCUUUCACUGCUCAUCUCUGUACUUAUGCUCUAGGGUUUUGAGGGCUCUGAGUUGGGCAUUUGUAUUUUCUUUUCCUGUACUUGCUAGAGGUUACGCUGGAUGGGGUCUUCGUAUUUUGUAAGCUCAUUUUAUGAUCUGGUUCUUGCCUAUUUUGGCCAUUUACAGCCUUAUCCGCUCGAUUUCUUAGCUGGGCUUGAAUGAUUUGGGCUAUUUGAAUGUGGGUUUCUUAGUUUUGAAAGCAGUGUCCGUCACUCUCGCUUCGGCAAAAUUCGGAUUGCUUGAUCCUUUUACUGGGGUUUUUGUUUGGCUAUUACGUGGAAGUGUUGUCGGGUAAGCUUUAGUUUUUAGGGAUGCUCUGUUUAUGAUUAUGCAUGAUGGAUUUGUGGCGAUUGGACUAAGCCAUAUAGAAAGCGGGUUAUUUGCUGGAAAGAGAAAAAAAAUUCAAAAUAAGCUAUGGGAAUUUAGGGCUCUGAAAGGAUGGGAUUGGGUCCUGAUGCUAUUCAAGUGGGAAAUUGGAGUGUGGGCAAAUCAGAAGGGAGGGAUAAGAAUGAUGAUGAUGCCGAGGUGACAGGGUGUUGGGUUAAGUUUAGGUUCAUUGUAAGCUGCAUGUCUUCAAGGACCAAGAUAGAUAGCUCUAUAAGUGGCACUAGUACUCAAUAUGCUGAAAGUAAAUCUACAAAUGAUACUAGUAAUGACCAACCGGUAGCUCCAGUUGGAUCCUCUUCGACCACUAGCAAUGCAGAAAGUAUUCCAUCCACUCCCAACAUAGGCGAGGAACUAAAAGUUGCUUCCCAGCUCCGAAAAUUCACUUUUAACGAGCUUAAGUCAGCUACAAGAAAUUUUAGACCUGAAAGUCUUCUUGGUGAGGGUGGGUUUGGAUGUGUUUUUAAAGGUUGGGUCAAUGAGACUGGAUCUGCUCCAGUGAAACCUGGUACAGGGCUUACCGUUGCUGUUAAAACGCUUAACCAUGAUGGACUUCAGGGUCACAAAGAGUGGCUUGCAGAAGUAAAUUAUCUUGGAGAUCUUCUACAUCCUAAUUUGGUUAAAUUAUUCGGUUACUGCAUUGAAGAUGAUCAAAGGCUACUUGUAUAUGAGUUUAUGCCUCGAGGAAGUUUGGAGAGUCACCUCUUUAGAAGAUCCCUGCCUCUUCCUUGGUCUAUCAGGAUGAAAAUUGCACUUGGUGCUGCAAAAGGCCUUGCCUUUCUUCACGAGGAAGCUGAAAGGCCAGUGAUAUAUCGAGAUUUUAAAACAUCAAAUAUCUUGUUAGAUGCGGAUUAUAAUUCUAAGCUUUCAGAUUUUGGACUUGCCAAGGAUGGUCCAGAGGGAGAAAAAACACAUGUAUCAACCAGAGUAAUGGGGACUUAUGGCUAUGCAGCCCCAGAGUAUGUUAGGACAGGACACUUGACAUCGAAGAGUGAUGUCUACAGCUUUGGGGUGGUUCUGCUUGAAAUGUUGACUGGCCGAAGAUCCAUGGACAAGAAGCGACCAAGUGGGGAGCAAAACCUAGUAGAAUGGGCACGACCACAGCUUGGGGAAAGGCGUAGGCUUUAUCGACUGAUAGAUCCCCGCCUGGAAGGAAGAUUCUCUGUCAAGGGUGCACAGAAAGCAGCUCAGUUGGCUGCCCAAUGCCUUGGCCGUGAUCCAAAAGCCAGGCCUCUCAUGAGUGAAGUUGUUGAAGCCCUAACACCACUGCCUGAUCUCAAGGACAUGGCAUGUUCUUCAUCCUACUUCCAAGCCAUGCAAAUUGAGCACGUAGGCUCCAAUAUAAAUCUCAGAAAUGGCAUCAAAAUGAGAUCAGACUUUCCAUCCAGAACUGGGCAACCAACCGGAAGCUUCUCCGCAACAAAGGGUCCACACGCCUCCCCAUACCACCAUAACCAGCUUCACAGAUCACCACAGCCUGAUGUCAAACCACGAUAAUGUUGGGUUAGUGUCCAUUUCUUCCUUUCCUAUGUCUUAUUUAAUUUAUGCUUGAGGAUUGAAUUCUCUUGGAAUUGUGCAGGGGGAAUUAACCUGCUCUUUUCUUCUGGGAGUUGAACACUUUGCCAGCCAGCGUUGACGUGAUCGGUUGAGUGUCUGUGGAUAGAAUCAUGAAGAUGCUCAUGUAGCCUUUUAUUUAUUUAGAACAUGAAAUUAAGUAUUCUCAGGCCUUCUACUUUCAUCUUCUUUGCCUUUUCUAAUUUCUUAUUAGAAUGAAAACUGUAGGAUUUUGAGCUACCAAUAUGGAUGUUCGAACUGGCGUUGAGGCAUUUUAUGUUUCUGGUGCUGUUUGGUUGCUAUUGUAAAUUAAGGCCUUCUUUGCAAGGACAUUUUGCUUCUUUUUAA